AUGGAUAGCCUUGCCAACGGAGGGGGCCCGUGGGUCAACAAGUUAUUGCUGAACGCGAUUUACUUUUCGGGCGCUAUCUACAGCGACCGGCCCUGCCUCCGAACUGACGGGGACCCGAGCAGCGUUGGUGCUCGAUAUUAUACGCGCUUUCGGCACUUACUAGUGGACGAGAUCGAUAAACCAAGCAUACCCACCGCGGUUGCCUUAUUACUCGCCAGUGCAACCCUGGUAUCUCAGGGCAGAUCCAGUGCAGGCUGGAAUCUCUCUGGGACGGCAUAUCGCAUGAUAAUCGAUAUGGGCUGCCAUCUGGCCCUCAGCCCAGACUACCAGAGCAAAUCUGCACAAGACUACGGCCAGACCCUCCGUCGGGACUUGGAACAAGAGAUGCGUAAACGGCUAUACUGGAGCGCGUUCAUUACAGAUGCUACGCAAUCGCUCUACCUUGGUCGGCCAACUAUGUUGGCCUCAGUAGAGGCGAGGGUGCCCCUGUCUCCGGCUGUGCCCCCACCUCCUUAUGUGUCUCAACCCGCUCACGCCGAGUCAACCUUUACGUACCUUGUUCGACUAUUCCAGAUAUCCGUCCGUAUUACAGAGCUCUACGGCAUCCAGGCGAUGAGAUUUACGUCAGAGGAGCUUCAAGAUAGGAGAGAUGCUGCCUCCAAAGAGCUAGAUCAUUGGAGCAUGACGCUUCCAGAACAUCUAAGAUUUGACCCGGAGGGACCUAUAGUACCUCCACCUCACCAGAUCACGCCACAUACGACCUGCCACGCUCUCAGAAUUCUUCUCCACCGUGCUUUCUUAGAAGAAGGCCAUCUCCGCCGUCAUUGCGACGAAGCCGGCAGAAGACACAGCGAGGAAGCUUGCAUCGCGAGUGCACUCGCCAUUGGAAAGCUGGUCCGAGUCUACCGGAAAGCGUUUACACUACGUCGAGCUCCCUUCCUUCUCUCUUACGCCAUAUAUUCUGCGGUGAUCGUCAUCCUGCGACAGGAAAGGCACGAUCGCGGACAGUUCACGGAGCUUAUUUCAUUCUUUUGGACUUGUUUGAGUGAACUUCAGCAUGGCUGCAAUUCCGGCCUGGCAAAGCCAUUGAGCGUCCUAAGGGACAUGGUCCAUGAGUUCCAACUGAGUGUUCAAAGGGGCGUCCAGGGCAUCGAUCACCUGACUCGACUAGACGAGACGUUCUUCCCACCAGACGUGAGUCAACAUUUUGGAGACUCUGCGGUGGAACAAAAUCCUCCGGUCGAUGCGUCAUGGCUUCAAGACCAGUUCAGCCCGAUGGAAUCUUUAGAGCAGACCCUUGACGCUUCCUCGCCUGGUUUUUUGGCGUCUUUGAAUCAGCUCAAUAACGACAUCACUCAAGAUACUCUUUAUGGUCUUUUUGCUCCGCCACACGCCUUUCCCUAG